CAUCAGCUGGCAAGCAGGAUUUGGUGUCUCUGGGUUCAGGAAUCCUCCAGCAGCAGAGGGGACUUGCUCCUCAGCCCCCAUCUCUGUCCCUACCCCUACCCCAGUAGGCCACCCAGGGAGGUCCAUGGACUAGGGAGGCCAGGCUGGCUGGCUUCUGUGUUUGUCCAUGAGGGCCUGGAGCCCUGACCCUCCUGCCUAGGUUUCUGCCUUUUCUUUCUGUCUUUGGCCAGCUGGGGGAGGGGGUAGAGGCCGGGUGAGCAACAUGGCCCAGAGCAAGAGGCACGUGUACAGUCGGACUCCCAGCGGCAGCAGAAUGAGUGCGGAGGCAAGUGCCCGGCCUCUGCGAGUGGGCUCCCGCGUGGAGGUGAUUGGAAAAGGCUACCGUGGCACUGUGGCCUAUGUUGGAGCCACACUAUUUGCCACUGGCAAAUGGGUAGGUGUGAUCCUGGAUGAAGCAAAAGGCAAGAAUGAUGGAACUGUCCAAGGCAGGAAGUACUUCACUUGUGACGAAGGGCAUGGCAUCUUUGUGCGCCAGUCCCAGAUCCAGGUAUUUGAAGAUGGAGCAGAUACUACUUCCCCAGAGACACCUGAUUCUUCUGCCUCAAAGGUCCUCAGAAGAGAGGGAACUGACUCAAAUGCAAAGACCAGCAAACUGGCACCGACAGCCCGAAAGACUACAACCCGGCGGCCCAAGCCCACCCGCCCAGCCAGCACUGGGGUAGCUGGGGCCAGUAGUUCCCUGGGCCCCUCUGGCUCAGCAUCAGCAGGUGAGCUGAGCAGCAGUGAGCCCAGCACCCCAGCUCAGACUCCGCUGGCGGCACCCAUCAUCCCCACGCCAGCCCUCACCUCUCCUGGAGCAGCCCCACCGCUUCCUUCCCCGUCUAAGGAGGAGGAGGGGCUGAGGGCCCAAGUGCGGGACCUGGAGGAGAAACUGGAGACCCUGCGACUGAAACGUGCAGAAGACAAGGCAAAGCUAAAAGAGCUGGAGAAACACAAGAUUCAGCUGGAGCAGGUGCAAGAAUGGAAAAGCAAAAUGCAGGAGCAGCAGGCAGACCUGCAGCGGCGCCUCAAGGAGGCUCGGAAGGAAGCCAAGGAGGCCCUAGAGGCAAAGGAACGCUACAUGGAGGAGAUGGCUGACACUGCUGAUGCCAUCGAGAUGGCCACUCUGGAUAAGGAGAUGGCCGAAGAGCGGGCUGAGUCCCUACAGCAAGAGGUGGAGGCGCUGAAGGAGCGUGUGGACGAGCUCACCACUGACUUGGAGAUCCUCAAGGCUGAGAUUGAAGAGAAGGGCUCAGAUGGCGCUGCGUCCAGUUAUCAGCUCAAGCAGCUUGAGGAGCAGAACGCCCGCCUAAAGGAUGCCCUAGUGAGAAUGCGGGAUCUUUCUUCCUCCGAGAAGCAGGAGCACGUGAAACUCCAGAAGCUCAUGGAAAAGAAGAACCAAGAGCUGGAAGUUGUGAGGCAACAGCGGGAGCGUCUGCAGGAGGAGCUGAGCCAGGCAGAGAGCACCAUUGAUGAGCUCAAGGAGCAGGUGGAUGCUGCCCUGGGUGCUGAGGAGAUGGUGGAGAUGCUGACAGACCGGAACCUGAAUCUGGAAGAGAAAGUGCGGGAAUUGAGAGAAACCGUGGGGGACUUGGAAGCAAUGAAUGAAAUGAACGAUGAGCUGCAGGAGAACGCACGUGAGACAGAACUGGAGCUGCGGGAGCAGCUGGAUAUGGCGGGUGCACGGGUGCGAGAGGCCCAGAAGCGUGUGGAGGCGGCCCAGGAGACAGUUGCAGACUAUCAGCAAACCAUCAAGAAGUAUCGCCAGCUGACCGCCCACCUGCAGGAUGUGAACCGGGAACUGACAAACCAGCAGGAAGCAUCUGUGGAGAGGCAGCAGCAGCCACCCCCAGAGACUUUUGACUUCAAAAUCAAGUUUGCUGAGACUAAGGCCCAUGCCAAGGCAAUUGAGAUGGAGUUGAGGCAGAUGGAGGUGGCACAGGCCAACCGGCACAUGUCCCUGCUGACAGCCUUCAUGCCUGACAGCUUCCUUCGGCCAGGUGGGGACCAUGACUGCGUCCUGGUGCUGCUGCUCAUGCCUCGUCUCAUUUGCAAGGCAGAGCUAAUCCGGAAGCAGGCCCAGGAGAAAUUUGAACUAAGUGAGAACUGUUCAGAGCGUCCAGGACUUCGAGGAGCUGUGGGGGAGCAGCUCAGCUUUGCUGCUGGGCUGGUGUAUUCGCUGAGUUUGCUGCAGGCCACACUCCACCGUUAUGAGCAUGCCCUCUCUCAGUGCAGUGUGGACAUGUAUAAGAAGGUGGGCAGCCUCUACCCUGAGAUGAGUGCCCACGAACGCUCCUUGGAUUUUCUCAUUGAGCUGCUGCACAAGGACCAGCUGGACGAGACUGUCAACGUAGAGCCUCUCACCAAAGCCAUCAAGUACUACCAGCAUCUGUACAGCAUCCACCUCUCUGAACAACCAGAGGACAGUACCAUACAGCUGGCUGACCACAUUAAGUUCACCCAGAGUGCCCUGGACUGCAUGAGUGUGGAGGUGGGACGGCUGCGGGCCUUCUUGCAGGGUGGGCAGGAGGCUUCAGAUAUUGCACUCCUGCUCCGGGACCUGGAAACUUCGUGCAGUGAUAUCCGCCAGUUCUGCAAGAAGAUCCGGAGGCGAAUGCCAGGGACAGAUGCUCCUGGGAUCCCAGCUGCACUGGCCUUUGGACCACAGGUAUCCGACACACUCCUAGACUGCAGGAAACACCUGACGUGGGUGGUGGCUGUGCUGCAGGAGGUGGCUGCUGCUGCCGCCCAGCUCAUUGCCCCGCUGGCAGAGAAUGAAGGCCUGCCUGUGGCUGCCCUGGAGGAGCUGGCUUUCAAAGCAGGCGAGCAGAUCUACGGAGCCCCCUCCGGCAGCCCCUAUGAGUGUCUGCGCCAGUCAUGCAGCAUCUUGAUCAGUACCAUGAACAAGUUGGCCACCGCCAUGCAGGAGGGAGAGUACGAUGCAGAGCGGCCCCCUAGCAAGCCUCCCCCAGUUGAGCUGCGGGCUGCAGCCCUUCGUGCAGAGAUCACAGAUGCUGAAGGCCUGGGCUUGAAGCUUGAAGAUCGAGAGACAGUUAUUAAGGAGUUGAAGAAGUCACUCAAGAUCAAGGGGGAAGAGCUCAGUGAGGCCAAUGUGCGGCUGAGCCUCCUGGAGAAGAAGCUGGACAGUGCAGCCAAGGAUGCAGAUGAGCGCAUCGAGAAAGUCCAGACUCGGCUGGAGGAGACCCAGGCGCUGCUGCGGAAGAAGGAGAAAGAGUUCGAGGAGACGAUGGAUGCACUUCAGGCUGACAUCGACCAGCUGGAGGCAGAGAAAGCAGAGUUAAAGCAGCGAUUGAACAGCCAGUCCAAGCGCACAAUCGAGGGGCUCCGGGGUCCCCCUCCCUCGGGUAUUGCUACCCUGGUGUCUGGCAUUGCUGGUGAAGAACAGCAGCGAGGAGGUGCCUCUGGGCAGGCUCCGGGAUCUGUGCCAGGCCCAGGGCUGGUGAAGGACUCACCACUGCUGCUUCAGCAGAUCUCUGCCAUGAGGCUGCACAUCUCCCAGCUCCAGCAUGAGAACAGCAUCCUCAAGGGAGCGCAGAUGAAGGCAUCCUUAGCAGCCCUGCCCCCUUUGCACGUGGCAAAGCUCUCUCUCCUACCCCGUGAGGGCCCUGGCAGUGAUCUAGCUGCUGGAGUGCUGUAUCGUAAGACUAACCAGCUGCUGGAGACAUUGAAUCAGUUGAGCGCACACACCCAUGUCGUGGACAUCACCCGCACCAGCCCUGCUGCCAAGAGCCCAUCGGCCCAGCUCCUGGAGCAAGUGGCUCAGCUCAAGUCCCUAAGCGACACCAUCGAGAAGCUCAAGGCACAACUUCUGUCAGAGCUGAUAUCACUGCAGAGUAGAAUGGUUGGAAAUGGCUUCCCAGAAGCUAUAGAAUCUGAGUUGAGCCUUAAAAGGGAUGAGGUCCUUAAGGAGACUGUAUCUCAGCGCCCUGGAGCCACGGUCCCCACUGACUUUGCUACCUUCCCUUCAUCAGCCUUCCUCAGGGCCAAGGAAGAGCAGCAGGACGACACUGUAUACAUGGGCAAAGUGACCUUCUCGUGUGCUGCUGGCCUUGGACAGCGACACCGGCUGGUGCUCACCCAGGAGCAGCUGCACCAGCUUCAUGGUCGCCUCAUCUCCUAAAUGCUCCUUCCCUCGCUGUCCUCUUCUACGCUCAGCCCUCCUGGUGCCACUCUGCCUGAUGCAUAGCCACUGGGUAGCCCCCAGGUAGAACCGCCUGUGUGAAGCUGUUCCUGCCCCUUUCAGCUUCACUCCCACCUGUCAGUGCCCUGCCCCUGCCCCUUGACCUGGUUCCCCUAGUUCCGUUCCCCGACCUCUGCUGGAACUUGCUGUUCAAUUGCUCCCUCCUUCCUGAGGAGACUCAGGGGCCGUGGUGGGUAGGUAGGCUGAGACCCCACCACCAAAGGUCAAGUGAGGUCUCCCUGAUUGAGGACUUCACCCCUUGAUUAAAGUCACUUCUGCUUCA